UUCCCCGCUCUCUCUCUGUCUCUCUUUCCUUUUCUCGAGAUUAAAUUUUCUAGAAUAAUUUUCUCGGGAAAAACAUUUUUAGUUUUGAUCAGUUCGAUUUGUUUUUCGAUUAUACUUGCAGAUUUAGCAAGCUGUUACAGGUAUUGUGUAAAGAUGAUGUACGAACAGGCGCAUCAGCAGCAGGAAGCGAGACUCGACGUGACGAACAGAGGUGCGGAGAGGUGGACAGAAGAAGCUGAACGGCUUGAGAUUAUGGAUUUGAGCGGCAUGUCUUUGGAUUCUCUUCCUAAUCCUUCUAUUAACGUUGGCUUGAUCUGCAAGCUUGAUCUCUCCAAUAACAAUAUUCAGAUGAUACCAGAGUCAUUAACGGCAAGAUUACUGAAUGUGAUAGUACUGGAUGUGCACUCAAAUCAGCUAAAAGCCCUCCCAAAUUCAAUCGGUUGCCUAUCUAAGCUUAAGCUCCUCAAUGUUUCUGGCAACCUUAUCGAAUAUUUCCCCAAAACUAUUGAAAAUUGCAGGUCACUGGAAGAACUGAACGCCAACUUCAACAAGUUGACAAGAUUACCUGAGACUCUCGGGUUCGAACUGGUAAACUUGAAGAAAUUAUCAGUCAACUCCAACAAGCUUAUGUUUCUUCCUCACUCCAUCACGUACCUGACUUCCCUCCGUGUCCUCGACGCUCGCCUGAACUGUCUCCGAACUCUUCCGGAAGACCUCGAAAACCUCGUCAACCUCCAAAUCCUCAACGUCAGUCAGAAUUUCCAGUUCCUCGACCACCUCCCCUACUCCGUCGGUCUCCUCAUCUCCCUCGUCGAGCUUGACGUCAGCUACAACAAAAUCUCCGUUCUCCCUGACUCCAUCGGCUGCCUCAAGAGGCUUCAGAAGCUCUGCGUCGAAGGCAACCCCCUUGUCUCCCCGCCCCCGGAGGUCAUUGAGCAGAGUCUCCACGCUGUGAAGGAGUACCUCAGCGAAAAGAUGAAUAACCCCGGUUCUCAUAGCAAGCACAAGAAGAAGACUAACUGGGUGGGGAAGCUAGUCAGGUACGGAACGUUUAAUGGAAUUGGGAACAGCAACAAGGGAGGGAACAGUGAGGACAGAGCUGGGUUUGUCAUGGCAGAUUAUCGAUCCAUCGAUGGAUUGGCUUCGCCGAGGUUUACCGGUAUGUUUUCUCCUCGACGACUUUUCUCACCCAGGACUUACUUCAAUACCAGACGAAGUGGAAGUUUUAUCAUCAGUGAUUAAUUAAUUAAUUAAUAAUUAGUUACCUAAUCACUGGGGAAGGGUGAUUAAUUAAGAGUUGUUUUUAAAACAAAUUUUGAGUCUGGAGUUAAUAAUUUCGUGGAAUUGUGUAAUUUUGAUCUGGUUAUUAUACAGUUUCGCAUGCUCAUGCACGUGGUAGUUAAUUAGGUGUAAAUCUAA